AUGAACUUCAAGCCACCCUGUACGUGGCUGGUGAGGAAAUUCUUCACUCACUUUAAGAGUUACAGGGAUUUGGAGGAUGUAGACUUGUUAGUACAGGCCUGUGUCUUUGAAGAAGCCAAGUCAGAAGAUGAUGAAGACCUUCUCAAGCUAUAUGGAGGAAUUGAUAUGAACAAUCAUCAGGAGGUGUUCUCUACACUCUUCAACAAAGUCAGUUGUUCACCACUAUCGGCCCAGCUUCUCUUUAUUCUGCAGGGCCUUUUGCAGUUCGAUGUCAAUGAUCCUUCAAGUGCCCUUCUCUGGGAGGCCCUGGAGCUCCUAGUGAACAGAGCUGUACUGCUUGCAGAUGACUGUAAAGAUAAUACACUUGAGGGCGUUAUGGAUAGGCUCUUAACAUCCAAAAAACAGCUAAGCAAACAGAAAAGUCAAGACAAAAAUGUUAAUAAAGUUAAUGUAAGCAUACAAACAGACAAACCUACCUAUGAAUCCAGCAAAGAAGAAAGGAACAGCCUAUCUCUAGCUGAUGCAUUGCUUGAACCCUCAGUAGAUGUUCAGAAGGUACCGGUUGGGAAGACUUCUUCCCAAAUUCCUUCACUUGGAAGUUCAUUCCUUGGUCCUGAUGUAAAGUCUACUCCACCUCCACCACCCCCUCCUCCCCCAUGUGAGAUGCCAUCUCCUUUCCCUGGCAUGAACUCAUUUCCUUCUCCACCUCCUCCACUCCCAGGAGUAGGAGUAACUCCUCCACCUCCUCCUCCCUUGCCUGACAUGGAAGGUAUUUCACCACCACCUCCUCCUCUUCCUUUACAUGGCACAGAAGGCUUUGCACCUCCUUCACUUCCUGGCAUUCCACCACCUCUCCCUCUUCCAGGCAUAGUAGCCACCCCACCACCACCACCUCCCCCAUUUCCUGGCAUGGGUGGCUUCCCCCCACCCCCCCCGCCUCCCCCGUUUCCUGGCAUGGGUGGCUUCCCACCACCACCGCCUCCCCCAUUUCCUGGCAUGGGUGGCUUCCCACCACCACCGCCUCCCCCAUUUCCUGGCAUGGGAGGCAUGCCACCUCCGCCUCCCCCAUUUCCUGGCAUGGGAGGCAUGCCACCACCGCCUCCCCCAUUUCCUGGCAUGGGAGGCAUGCCACCACCACCGCCAUUUCCAGGAGGAUUCGGUGAAGAGGUUGUAGCUACACGUGUGGAUUACUCUUUGGGUUCCUUCAAACCAGCUCGCUUCAAGGUCAACAAGCCAUCGAUAAAAAUGAAGAAACUAAACUGGCAGAAAUUGAAUCCUAAUGUUGCCAAAGAUGGACAGUCCAUGUGGUCUUCAGUUGGCACUUGUGAAGAAACUAUGGAACCAAAUUAUUCCAGCAUUGAGCAGCUCUUCUGCCUUCCACAAGCCAAAGAAAAAGAUGCACAAUCCACGUUAAUCAGAAAGCCACCUAAGGAGAUUUCCUUUUUGGAUGCCAAAAAGAAUCUGAAUUUGAACAUAUUUUUGAAGCAAUUUAAAAGCCCCAAUGAAGACGUUGUUUCCCUGAUUGAGAAGGGAGAUCGCUCGAAGUUCGAUAUUGAAGUACUAAAGCAAUUCCUCAAGCUGCUUCCUGAAAAACAUGAAGUGGAAAACCUAAAAGGAUUCAAAGAAGAUAUUUCCAAGUUAUCAAAUGCAGACCGGUUUUACUUGCUGCUUCUCGGUGUGUCCAACUACCAGCUUCGGAUUGAGUGUAUGCUGGCUUGUGAAGAGACCAGUGUUAUGCUGGAGAUGUUGCGGCCUAAAGUUCAGACAGUCAACUCGGCGUGUGAUGACAUUCUCAUCAGUCAGAGACUUCCACUCUUUUGCCAGCUUGUUUUGAAAGUUGGUAACUUCUUGAAUUAUGGAAGUCACACUGGAAAUGCAAAUGGAUUUAAAAUGAGCACUUUAUUGAAGCUGACAGAAACGAAGGCAAACCAAACCCGCAUAACUCUGCUGCACCAUAUUCUGGAGGAAAUAGAAGUAAAUCACACCGAUCUUAUUGAGCUUCCAAAUGAUCUUGAGAAGGUUUCUAAAGCUGCUGGGAUCAAUAUAGACAAUCUAUACUCUGAAACCAGUGCCAAUCAAAAAAGACUGAAGGAUCUGCAGAAUAAAGUUUGCAAUUCAGAGAAUGAUGUGAAGGAGCAAUAUGAAAAGUCUAUUCAGGAAAAUAAAGAUAGAAAGGACCAGGCGGCUAAGGCUGAGAAAAGGAAAAAGCAACUGGAAGAGGAAGAAGCCAAGCGACAGAAGGGUGAAAAUGGAAAAAUCAUUCGAAAAGGUGCUGCAAAGUUGGAAGAAGGCUGCAUUAUCGACGCUCUGCUGGCAGAUAUCAAAAAAGGAUUCCAGCUACGCAAGACUGCAAAAAACAAGUUGGAAGCUGAUGCAGCCAACAGAGCUUCUACAAAUGAUUUAGGCACAAAACCUCCAGAAUUAGGCAAACCUGUGCAAAUAUUAAAUGGAGAUGCAAAACAGACCACUAGUGACACUCCCUCCACAUCAGUUGAUGAAAGUGUUUCUAAAUCAUCUUCGCUAGCUGAUAAAACUGACGACAAAGAUAAUGUGGGUCAUAAUAAGCCAAUAGGCCAUGAUAAAGUAGAAGAACCUUCAUUUCCUACAAGCCAAGACACUAAAAAUUGUGUGGGGAACACGGAUGACGUACAGACUGUUGUCUUGGAUCCAGACACAAAUUUCACUAACGAUGACAAACUGGAAAAAGAAAGUCUUCCAGGCGGUAUACAGAAUCAGUCUUCUGAAGCUGUUACCCCAAAGAAUAAAAGUACUGUUGGAUGCCAAGAAGAUACAACACUGAAUUCUCAAAAACAUAUGCAAAGCAAUGUAUUAUCUCCUGAGGGUACUUGUGCAUCUGAGACAAGUCAUUGCCAGUCAGGUGAAGUAGACUCGAAAAACACGGAUAUUCUGAAUAAUAACAACCUCCAGGGUGCACAUGAUCAAAUAAAUACUUCAGUUAAAGAUUCUUUAGGACGUGAAAAUUCAGUGGUUGAUGGCCAAUCAAACAAUAAUUCGACUGAGGUGCCUUCUAAGGAAGAUAAAGCCAUGGCUGAUGGUAUGCCAACAACUCGGGACACAAUACCAAAUUCUUUGGAGGAAAAGAUCAGUGGGAAUGUGUUUAUUAAUUCAGGGUUAGCUGAGGAGGUUAGCAUGGCUGAAAUGUCCUCAGCACAUAAGAAUGAUGAAACUGUAGAGGUUUCCCCACCAAUUCAGGAUAAAGGGACUGUCAACAUUUCCACAUCAGCACUUAACAAUGAAAACACUGAUGUCUGUUCUGAUGAAAAGAUUGGAACUUCUGGUGUUCCCUCACCAGAUCAGACAAAUGGGACACACGUUCAUAACAGUGGUCCUCCUGAUGCUUCCACAAAUGGGUCACCAGGCACUGCCCCACAUACUGAAGAGAACCCGUUAACUGAUGAAUCUGUAAACAAAUCUUCAGAAUCGGCUACUCAUGUCCACACUUCUGAUGAUUCCAAGGUCAAAAGAAGCUCCUCCAGGAACAAAAAGAAAAGAGACAAGAGGAACUCCAAAGGCGGUGAAGGAUUCCGGACCAAGAAGAUGCAAAAGCAGUGAAUCUUUGGGCAAAGCUUGCACCGCCUCUUCCUUUUACAUCCAAUACCUUAUGACAGAUGGAAAAUAACAUAUAAAAUGCUAUUUAUUAAUAGUUUUCUAUCUUCUAUUGCAAAGA